UCCCAACCCCUUCCCAAAUCCCUGCACCUGUUAUGUUAUGCAUGCUCCCUUUGUCCCCCAACAUGGACCGACGGAUCGAACGAUGGAUGGAUUCUCUGGAACUGUUACUGGAACAGUCUCUCGUGCUUCGGACAAUCAAUGGACACUGCUACAUCCCUCCCUCUUCCCCCUCCCCCUCUUUGUUGGAAAGUUAGUACGAAACUUCUGAAAUCAGAAGUUUCUCAAUCAUUUUCUCAUUUAGUAUCAAACUUCUAAAAAUAGAAGUUCAACUUCUACAAACAGAAGUUUAAAUAUAACACCGCUAAGACAACUGUCUGAAACGGGAGAUCGGAAUUGAGGCUUAAACACAUCAUACACCGUACUCAGAGGUAGCGAAUAAAGGCUAAUGACCAACAUCAUGCUAGUACUUCUGUUCCUAACGAACAAUGAGAACCGAUGUUGGGCCCAUACUGCGAUACGAUCGGGCGGUUCUUGCUCUAUGGAAUACUUGGGUGAUGAUGUGCAGUUCUUACGGUGUAGAGCAUCACAUGAAGAAGCAACUCCUAUUCAAAGCUAUCGUCACCACCUGCAUAAUCACCAAGCAACAGCAAGGAUCAGCAAAAGGACGACCGUAAGACAACAGAAGAAGAAGGAACGAACGACGACGGAAAGAAGACAUGGACAAAAGGUGGCGAUAGUAUGGAGUUGAAUUGGAACGAGAUCUCACUCAAAAGAUCUCGAGCGACGAUGGAUCGGGAUGGAUCGGGGUGGAACGAUAGAUUCGAAUGUGACAAUCGGGAUCGGCGGACGGGAUGGAUUCGGGAUGGAUUCGGGAUGGAUUCGGGAUGGAUCGGGAUGGAUCGGGAUGGAUUGGGAUGGAUUGGGAUGGAUCGGGAUGGAUCGGAAUGGGUCGCGAUGGAUCGGGAUGGAUCGGGAUGGGUCGGGAAGGAUCGGGAUGGCUCGGUAUGGAUUG